CUAAGGUGGUUCAGUGAAUAUAAGCUGCGUUGUCAUAAAAGUAGUUGUCAAAAAAAAAAAAAACAUUUAUAGGAAAAAGAACAAAAUCAAUAGAAUGAUUUUCAGGCUGCAGAUGUUAAUGCUAUGUGCACUGGUACAAUCAGAUGUAUAUUUGCACAAUCCAAGGGGUAGCAAUAACAGGCUUGAUGAGAAUGGAAGAGAGCGUAAUAAUCCAAAUCGGUUGUUUAAUUCUCAAAACAACAAUCGUGGAGGGUAUAAUGUUGGAAACUUGUACUAUCUUGAGGGAUCACAACUCCAAAUUGAGUGGACUAAUCAACAUUCUUGCGGUGAAUCUAAUGCCAAUUGUGAUAUUAUUAUACAGUACAUGUGCAGUAAUACUCUAAGAGAUGGCACUACAACUGAUACAAUUCCUUCAUAUGAAAAUGGUUGUGCAAUUAAGGAUUGUGACACUAACCUUAAGUAUGGUAUGCAUGAAGAUUAUAAAUACUACUUCUGGGGAUGCACAAAAACCCUGAGAAACAGAGGGUUGUUUGUAGCUGAUCAGAAUUUGGGCGGAGACACUUCACAGUAUACUCGUCAAAAUAGUGGAGGUACUCGUUAUGGAUAUGAAUGUCCAGAAGAGCGAGACUACUAUCCCUAUUGGAGGCCUACACCUUGGAAGGAUAUUGCGGUGAUGACAAAUGAUGUCAGACGUUGUCGUUUCUACCAGCAAGAAAGUGAGAAUGUGAAAUCAAGGUUUUACUGUGAUGCUCCUGGUUAUAUUGGUGACUCUGAUGUUUCGGUGAACUUACCAAUUACAAAAGAAGCUUGUGAGAAAUUUGAUUGGCCACAGGGCUCUGGAAAAUUUGCGAAAUGGAAAGAAAUAAAAAAGAGAUUACCCAGGCCAGAUUGCAUUCAAUCACCUAAAUCUCGAGAUAAUCAUAAUGGAAAUGGACUAGGAGGAUUCGGUAACACAUACAAUUGGACAAUACCAAAUGAUAUCAAUGAGAAUUGUGUAUUGCGUCUUCGUUACAACAUUUCAACUGGUGACUUGUCAAAAUUUGCUAGCACUUCCUCAGCAUCGAUUGGCGCUUUAGUUGGACUUUCAGAUACAGAAGCCACUAAUAGAGGUUAUGUUUUUAAGAACAACCCUGUUAUCCAACCAUUGAAAACAGGCAAUCCUACUUUAGAUGGAAAGUUGCAACUACGACUAGCUAUUAAUACUGCUCAAUAUGGUAGAACAUUUCAAGAUAGGAGUCAUAAAUUUGCAAUCAGACCACGCCCUGCUGAGCUUAAAAGAACUAAUAUAUACAACCUAAAUGUUCGUGGAAAACGAGGAAAUAUUGUUCAAGUAUAUCCAGCAGUUGAAUAUGAUUUUGUUCCUAGUCGUCUCACUCUAUCAGCUUCAGAUGCUAUACACAUACAGUGGACUGGAUCUAAUACAAAUCCAUUAAAUAAUGCUGGACAAGGCACAGCUGGAACUGAUCGUUCAAACAUUAUUUUAUUAAAAGAUAAAAACUUCCCAAAUAGGAAACAACAGAGGCAAGACAACAAGCAACGCGACAGGCACCGCAAGCAAAAGCAACAGCAAUUACCUGUCAUUGGUCAUUACGGAAAUAAUUAUCCCAUGCUUUUAAACACAUCAAAAAGUUUUUUAGGUUUUGAUUUGAAUGAUGUCAAACAAUUAGCUUUUUCUAAUCCCAACGGAGUAAGUUCCGAUCCGUUACUAAAUGAUGCUUCAGUGUACUUCGAUUUAGGUGCUCGUUCCUUAAAAAAUGCAGCAGGAACUUACUAUUAUAUGUGCACCAGAAAUAAUAACUUUUCUAAUCGCAGUCAAAAAGGUAAAAUAGUCGUUUUGCCGCAAAAUGAUGGUCGUGUCCUGCCACCGACAAAAGGUGGCGUCUCCUCGAAUAUAAAAGGUGGUAACAACCGGCCACAAAGUAGAGGGCGAUUCAACAGAAAUAAGCACAAGACAAACAAGUUUUAGUGUAGUGGUUGCAUCAA